AUGGCAAUCCUUAGUAUUUCAAAAAACGACAAUAACAAUAAUAACAACAAUAGUAAUACAGAGUUUCAAAAACUAUUCCUAAGAAGAAUAAAUAUCGAUGAGAAUAAAAGGAUAGAGUUUGAAGAUUUGCCAGAGGUCAUGAGACAGUUUGGUUUGAACAUUCCUUUUGAAAACUCUGAUGUUAUAGGCCAAGAGCCUUGUGGUAUUACCAAACAAUUAAUGUAUUUCUUCCUGGUGGAGUGUGGAUUCCAUGUUAGACAAUUGGUAGCAACUGUUUGGAAUCCUGUUACUAAUAAAAGUUGGGCUACACCCAAUGGACAUUGCAUUGCUAUGAUCACCUACGACGGCAACGACUAUCUUGUGGAUGUUGGAUUCGGAUUGUUUCUGGCACUGGCACCCAUACCUUUCAAAACGGUGGUCUUUUCGAGAACAGGUGAAUAUCGAUGGAUUCCUAGACCAACAGAGUAUGGAACACACAGUCUUGAAUGGAGACCGUCACCAGAUGAAGAUUUUCGACUUGGCUAUAGCUUUACAAUGGAUCCAAUCGAUGGAAAAUCAAUCGAUAACAUCCAAAGACUUAUUCAUGGUGACACUCAUAAAGAAUUCAAUUCCAUUCCCUUGUCAACAAUCUUAUUAGAGCCAAGUCAGGGUCAAGCAACCAUCUCUGGCAACUCCUUUACAAUCACAAAACCAAAUGGUGAAAAAGUAAAGGAAUUGAUCUCAAACGAGAAAAGACAAGAACUACUUGAAACAAUAUUUAAAUUUAAGAAAAAAUAA